AUGAAAGGCGUCUUUUCGGCGCCCGGUGAUUACGUCCACUUCAAGUCCCAAGUCCCUCUUCACAAAAUCCCAAUUGGCACUAAACAGUGGCGAUAUUACGAUUUCGGUCCAAAACCUGUACCUCCGCUUAUAUGUCUUCCUGGAACGGCUGGAACCGCUGAUGUAUAUUAUAAACAGAUCAUGUCAUUAUCUAUGAAGGGUUACCGUGUCAUAUCUGUUGACAUACCACGUGUAUGGAAUAAUACUGAGUGGAUUCAAGCAUUUGAAAAGUUCUUGGAUGCUAUUGAUGUACACCAUAUACAUCUUUAUGGUACAUCACUUGGAGGCUUCCUAGCCCAACUCUUUGCUCAGCAUCGUCCUAGAAGAGUUCGAUCGUUAGUUCUAUCAAACACAUUUUUGGAGACACGGAGUUUCGCCGCUGCAAUGCCAUGGGCGCCCAUUGUUAGUUGGACUCCUUCCUUUUUGCUGAAGCGCUAUGUGUUGACAGGAAUUCGUGAUGGUCCUCAUGAACCAUUUAUUGCAGAUUCGGUGGACUUUGUUGUUUCUCAGGUGGAAACUCUCUCUAGAGAAGAUUUGGCCUCCAGAUUGUCGCUGACAACUGAUGAUGCUUCAGUGGGACCACUUCUUCUUUCAGAUUCAUUUAUCACUAUAAUGGAUACUAAUGACUACUGUGCAAUUCCUCAACAACUUAAAGAUCAACUGGGUGAAAGAUACCCCGAGGCAAGGCGCGCAUAUUUGAAAACAGGUGGAGAUUUUCCAUUUCUUUCAAGACCCGAUGAAGUCAACUUACAUCUUCAGUUACACCUCAGGCGUGUUGGUGUGGAAGCUCGGCUAGAUUUGGUUCACAACAUACCUAAAGGUGAUCUUGGAGGAAGUCCUAGCAAAGAGAAUAACGAAGAUGACUCUGACAAGUCUCAGGAGGAUGAUAGAGGAGGGUUAGAAAAUUCACCUGCUGAAUAUGGGAUAAAUCCUACCCCAGAAAGCUCAGGAUCCAGUAGCUUAGAGAAGCAGCCACUCGAUAGUUCAGAAUGUUGCAACUUGGAUCAUGAACUCGCCUUAUAUGCCUUUCCUGGUGGGUUCACGAGGGGAAAGAACAUUGUGCUUCCUGGAACUUCUGUACAUUUCGUGUGGGACUAUAUUAAUCUUUUUCAUCUUCUUCGUUACAUCAGUUCACUGUACAUUAUCUGGAACUAUUCUUUGGAAUAUAGGCAAGUUCUGUAA